AUAUAGAUCUAAGCCAUUCUAAGCCUAUUCUAAGCUUAAUAUAAUUGUCUAAAAUCACUAAACCUAUAGAAACACUACAAGGCAGAAGGCUAAUUUAAAGUAGCAUUAGUACAUAAAUAUUAUGUAUGACAGAUGCGUAGAUGGCUAAAACUAAAAGAAAACCUAAUUGGCCACUACCGAAAACAGUUAUGUCUGCACUGGAUGUGGCAAAAUAUAUAUAGGUCACAGCUGGAAUUAAGUAGCCUCAUGAAAUAUUGUACUCCUCACAAAGCCUUAUAAAUAAAUAAAACAAAGCCUCUAAAUUUGAGCAAGUUGGUAAUUGUUAAAAUGUACACAGUUAACAGCUUUAAACGUUAUCUCCUGUUUGUUGUUUUUCUGAUGACUACUUGCAUAGCACCAUCAUUGGCCUCACAGCAGCCUAAUAUUAUUCUGAUUGUUGCUGAUGAUUUGGGUUACAAUGAUGUAAGUUUUCAUGGCUCCAAUCAAAUCCCUACACCUAACAUUGACUUUCUUGGCUACACUGGAAUCAUACUGAACAACUAUUAUGUUAGUCCUAUAUGUACACCAACAAGAAGUGCUUUGAUGACUGGCAGACAUCCUAUACAUACAGGAAUGCAAUCUGGUGUUAUAGUUGGAACUCAACCUUAUGGUCUCCCACUGAAUGAAACCAUUCUUCCCCAAUACUUAAACCAAUUGGGAUACAGCUCACAUAUUGUGGGAAAGUGGCACCUUGGGAUGUUCAAAUGGGAGUACACUCCACUCUACAGAGGUUUUAAGUCACACAUUGGCUACUACCAGGGCUGUGAGGACUACUACACUCAUACAUAUGAGGCCAAUUUGCAACAGUGGGGACUAGAUUUUCGCCAAGACAAGGAUUUAUUAUGGAAUUAUACUGGGAAGUAUUCAACAGAUAUAUUCAAAGAUGAGGCACUAAGAAUUAUUAAUAAACACAACAAGUCACAGCCAUUGUUUCUGUAUUUACCUUUUCAAUCAGUACACAGUGGCAAUGGAGACAGCACCCACCUCCAGGCACCAAAGAGAUACAUUGACAAGUUUCAGUAUAUAGAGAAUGGUCAAAGGAGAAUAUAUGCUGCAAUGUUGUCAGCUCUGGAUGAUGCAAUAGGUGAAAUCUAUGAUGCUCUCAAAAACAGUGGAUUACUUGACAAUUCCAUUAUUGUUUUUACUACAGAUAAUGGAGGGCCAGCCAAUGGUUUUGAUUUUAAUGCUGCUAAUAAUUAUCCACUUAGAGGAGUGAAGGCUACUCUCUGGGAAGGAGGCAUGAGAGGUGUUGGACUUGUCCACAGUCCACUCUUACAGAAACAAGGCUAUGUGUCAGAGCAAAUGUUCCAUGUUUGUGAUUGGUUGCCAACUUUCUACAAGGCUGCCGGUGGGGAUCCAUCAACUUUGAAAAACUUGGAUGGAUUCAACUCUUGGGAAAUGUUGAACACCAAUGGAAAUCCAAUACGCAGCAAGAUGUUGCAUAACAUUGACCCACUUGAUAAAUCAGCAGCUAUUAGAGUUGGAGAUUACAAACUUUUGGUUGGCAAUGUCAUGUCAGGAUGGGAUGGCUGGUACCCUCCUUAUCAGCUUUAUGAUGACCAGAAAUUACUUCAUUACUCCAACUAUACAGACAAAACCUUUCAGUCUUCUGGUAUGCUCAUGUUACGUGACAAACUUCAAAAGCAAUAUUCUGAAUUCUGGCCAAAACAAGUGACUUCACGUUUGGAAGAGCUGUAUACAUUUUAUCAGAAAAGUGAUAUUUAUUCCAAGUUUAGGCCCAAUCUGGGAAAAAAUGAAACCAGUCUUUUGUUCUCACCACAAAAAUCUAGCAAUACAUUUUCGGGAACACCAGUGACCUUGAACUGUGGUCCUAAACCUUCUAAUGCAAGUGACAAUUGCAAGCCAAAUGUGGCCCCAUGUUUGUAUCACAUUCCUUCAGAUCCUUGUGAAUACAACAAUUUGGCUUUCUCCAAACCUGACAUUGUAACUGAGUUACUAAAUGAGCUCAAGGCAUACAGUGACACUAUGGUGCCACCUGGGAACAAACCUUAUGAUGAUGCAGGUAACCCAACAAGACAUGGCGGAGCUUGGGUUCCUUGGCAAUAGUAACUUCAUUACAUUGUUAUUAACAGCACAAAGUAUAAAACCUUUCUAAAGAAGAGAACACAAUAUGAAUUUUCGGUACAUCAUUGAUUUCUUUGUUAAAUAUAUGCUGAUGGAUUUAGUAAACGACAAAUAGCAAAAUGUUAUAAACAAACCCAAAACAUCAUCACUCAGUAAAUAAUAAUGCUAUGGCAGUUUUUUGUUUCAAAAGUUAUGUUUGUAUACCACAUAUUUGUACUCAAUGCGCUAAGGUCCAAUCUCUUUUUUUUAAAUCGGGGAGGGGGGGGAGGGGUCAUCUUGGUGGGUUCUUUGCUGCCAUUAGCUGUUCAUUAAGUAAUGCUCGGCUCAAGCCAGGAUUCAAACUUAAGUCACCUUAAUAGGUAGCUCAAAGGUUUAUGUCAGUCAACUAUACCUCUUACACUUUAGUGGAAGAAAGAAAUUCUAAAGUUUUGUGUCAACAUUCUGUGUUCAUUUUUUGGCAGUAAAACAUGUAACUUAAAACUUUUGUUUUCUUUUAUUUAUUUGUCAUUCAUGAAUUUUUCUUGAAACAUUUUUUCAUGGGAAAAUUAUCUGGCGCCUUUUUUAAAAUUUGUUUGUUUGUUUGUUUGUUUUUUUAAUUUUAAAGAUUUCAUGACCUUGGUAACUUUUACAUUCCCAAGUUUUCAUUGUUACAUUCCAAAAUAAAAAUAGUAUCUAUUUAUUUUACAAACAUCAAUGUCCUAACAUUGAAGUAUUGACAGAAAAGUGUAUAAUAUUUAACAUGUACCUACAGUAAAAUGUAUACUCUUUAUACUUUAUAUAUAAAGUAUUAUAUUAUAAUUAUUUAAUGAACAUGACAAUUUUUUCUAUUUGACAAUGUAUAUUUUUAGCCAUUUUUUAUUUUUUUAUUUUUUAAAUAAUUCUGACUUUUCAAAUAAAUAUUUUACACUUUUCAUUUGUUAAAUCUUAGAUUUUAAAGUGACAUGGUUUCAUUAUUAAUUUUAGACUGUAGCUCACAAAAUAAUGCCUAGCUAAAGUAAGUCUUAGCUAAAGUAAGUCUUAGCUAAAGUAAGUCUUAGCUAGGUAUAGAUAAUAUGAAAUAUGAAAAUCGGUCAAGCGUUUUUUUUUUUAAUAAAUGUAAAACAUUGUAAUUUUUUGGCUUGUAAUUACUUUCAAUGUUUUUUAAAAAUGUUGUUUUUUUUUAACUAAACUUUAACUUCCAGAAGAACUAUCCACUUUAUAGACUUUAGACUUACAAAUACUUCAUCUAAAUACUAUUUCAAGAUCAAAUUCAAGAUAUUUUAUUAAAGAAAAAAAUUCACCAUUAUCUCUGCAGCUUUUACCUUCAAGGGUCAUAAUCACAUUUGCAGACGUUUUUUUCUCUUCUCUAACAGUUGUCUCUACUUGCUGAUCAUAUGAAAUUAGCUCCCUUGUUUGUAUUGACUUUUCAGUUUAUUGACUUAGUUUGUCAUAUAACAAAUUAUUUUCACUGUUGAGGCUUUCUUUAGAAUCCUUGAACUUCAACACAAACCUUUUGUAGGCUAGUCAAUGUCUCUUUCAAAGUGAAAUGCUCUACCACAUGAAUCCAUUGUUUACAAUGUGACAAAUACAGAUUUAGUCAUCUUAUACAAUGUGUUGGGACUUUUGUCAAUAGUUAAACGUUUCUUGUCGGGCAUCCUUUGUUGGGAGCAUAUCUCUACUUCUAAUGUAUACUGAGUGUAAUAUAAUAAUAAUAAUAUUAUUUUACUAAAUGUGGAUUACAUCACACAAGGAAAUGCCUCUGUUGUCUUUGUUUUUGUCCUGAUGACAUAAUGUAUCUUCAAUGUCUGUUGUCUUUGUUUUUGUCCUGAUGACAUAAUGUAUUUUCAAUCUUCAUUGUCUGUUGUCUUUGUUUUUGUUCUGUCAGUGACAUAAUGUAUCAAAACAAAUAUUAGUUUACAAAGGAAACUGUGUCCCAGUAUUUUACAAAGCUUAUAUCAACUGGUCAAAAGUUUGUACACAUUAUUUCUUGACACCCAAUCUCGGAUGAUGUUGAAAGUUUGCUCAAUUAUUUCUUUUAACGAACAACACAAGAGUCAAUAAAAAAACCCAAAAACUAA